CGCAGACCAAGCUGGUGGAAGAACCCGACGGAGCAUAAUUGAACACCUAGAGUCAGCGCACCAUGGUCGUCGGCCCUUCUCCGUUCUUGUCUCCGCUGCAGCGCGAAGUGGCUGAGAAUGGAUCGUUUCCACCCGUCCCCAAGGUUUGUGUCGUCACGGGCGGCACCGGGUUCGUCGGGCAGCGCGUCGUCGAAAUGCUCGUGGAGCGCGGCGCGGAGAAGGUCGUGUCCUUCGACAUCGUUCCCAAGACGACCGACGGACACUGGGACCAUCCUGCGAUCGAAUAUAUCGUCGGUGACAUCGCCGACAAGACUGCUGUCUUUGCUGCGAUCAAAGGCGCGGACUGCGUAUUCCACCUCGCAGCCGCGGUCGGUCCAUUCCAUCCGCGUGAACUGUACAUGCGCGUCAACUACGAAGGUACAUUGAACGUGAUCGACGCGUGCAAAGCGCACAACGUGACCAAGCUCGUACUGUCGUCGUCUCCGUCGACGCGAUUCGAUGGGUCGGACGUGGAUGGGCUCACGGAAGACGAGAUGCCCAAGUUGCCGCUCCCGCACUACAUGCAAGAGUACGCAGAAACAAAGGCGAUGGCUGACAUGGCCGUCUUGGCCGCCAACUCGCCGACCCUCAUGACCGUGUCGAUUGCCCCGCAUCAGGUCUACGGUCCUCGGGACAACCUCUUCACGCCGAACAUUUUGGAAGCGGCAGGGAACGGCUCCCUUCGAGUGUUUUCGAGCCCGGGCACCGGCUAUGGCUACAACAAGGUGUGCUUCACGCACGUCGACAACUACGCCCACGCGCUCAUCAUCGGCGAGCGGGCCUUGUACCCCGGCAGCCCCGCGCUGGGCAAGUUUUACAUCGCGACGGACGGCGACACCCAUCCGUUCCCGGAAGGGUACACGUACUUUUGGAAGACGGUGGACGAAGUGGUCGUCGCGAUGGGGUUCCCGUCGCUGUGGGACAAGGCAAAGCUCCCGACGUGGCUGCUCUGGCCAGCCGCGUACGUGAGCGAAGCGAUCGGGUGGGUCGCUGGCCGCAAGCUCAAACUCAACAAGUUCACUGUCCGGGCGCUUACCAUGCAUCGGUGGUUCAACAUUCAAGCUGCGACGUCGGACCUGCAGUUUGUGCCGAUUGUUCCGUUUACGACGGGGUGGCUCGACGCGCACGCGUGGUUCCGGGCGCACUGGCUGCCGACGUUUAAGGCGGCGUAUGGCCUCGGGUACAUUGCGAACCAGUCGCAAAACAAAAUUGAUGUGCAGGCAGCGACGCUCGAGGCCAAGUCAGCGUGAUGUGGCCUCGUCGACUAUGCCGGAACCGCGACUUGGACCUUUGCUAAGAGUAGAUAUAUAGACAUGGAUGCACAAUCGAGUCGCGGCGAGAGAAGGUCGCACCCGCCUUCAGCACCCGCGACCAACUGGUCUGGCGCAGUAGUCAUGCAAACAAUAUCUGGAUAUGAUCCUAUGCCGCGC